CCCUUCUAUUUUCUUGGCACUAUCUCUCCUCAAUCUGUAACUGCCACUAACAAUUUCGCCCAAAUCUCUCUUUGUCAUGGCCACAACCACCGUGGAUCGCCACCAUCUCCACCUCAAUUCCCUCCCUCUAAUCGAUAUCCGCCUCCUCUCUCAAUCCGAACUCCUUUCUCUUUCUCACUGCUCUUCCCGCACCACCACCGCCACUCAAAACGACGAUGAAGACGAGGUUUCAACUCCCAAAAUUGACCGCUCCGUCUUUAACGAAUCUGCCGGCAGCCGCAAACAGACCUUCUCACGGUUCCGUCUGGCCCCUCGCAAUUCCUCUCAAAUUCUUACUCAAUUUCCUUCCGUAGCUCCGUCCGAAACCCUCGAUGAUGAUAAUUCUGAAAUUAUUUCACUCCUGAAGUCUCUCUUCAAAAUUCAAUCUCACUCCUCAUAUACGGUCGGUAACAACGGGCAGUUGAUUCCUGUGCAGGUUCACUAUGAAGACUACUUGAAUGCUACUUGGGAUUCGAAUGAAAACAAGGGUUUGCAUGAUGUUCCCGUAGACGUGGUUAGUUUUAGUGUAAAGAAGAGAAAGAGAGGGCGGCCGAGGAAGGAUGAGAAUCGUGCUAGUGAUAGUUGUUGGCUGAUUGAGAGUGGAGUUAAGUUCAAUGAAAACAAGGUGAGCAUUCCUGUCAACGUUGUUGCUUGUGAGAGUACAAAGCGAAGACCAGGGCGGCCAAGGAAGGAUGAGGAUAGGAGUAGACAUGAAUUUAGCGUUAUUGAGAGUGAGAGUAAGGUGAAUGAAAGCAAGGGUGAGACUAAUGAAGCUAAGGUGACUAUCACUGGUGUUGAGAGCUUACAAAACAUUCCUGUAAAUGCUUUUGCUUAUGAGAGUGGAAAGAGAAGACCAGGGCGGCCAAGGAAGGAUGAGAAUAGCAAUAGACAUGAAUAUGGGGUUAUUGAGAGUGAGAGCAGGGUGAAUGAAAGCAAGGGUGAGAAUAAUGAGGCUAAGGUGACUGUCGCUGGUGUCGAGAACUUACAAAACAUUCCUGUCAAUGUUUUUUCUUGUGAGAGUGGAAAGAGAAGACCAGGGCGACCGAGGAAGGAUGAGAAUAGGACUAGAACUGAAUAUAGAGUUAUUGAGGCUGAGAGUAUGGUGAAGGAGAACAAGGGUGAGAAUAACGAGAUUAAGGUGACUUUGGGCAAUGUUGAGAGCUCAAUAAACAUUCCUGUUAACGUAGCUUCUUGUGAGACUACAAAUAGAAAACGAGGGCGGCCUAGGAAGGAUGAGUGUAGGAAUCAAAAUCAAUAUCAGGCAGUUGGGAGUGAGAAUAAGGUGGUUCAAAGUGUGAGUAAGAAUAAGGAGGAGAUCACCGUUAUUGAGAAUAAGGAGGACAAGAAGGAAACAAAAAUGGUGAUGGAGAAUAGGGAUGGUGUGGUUGUGGAUUUUGUUACAUUGGGGACUGUGAAGGAUCCAUUUGCAGAGGAGUUGAGGAGGAGGACGGCAGGGAUUCAGAAGCAGGAAGAUUUGUUAGGGUAUUUGAGUGGGUUAAAGGGAGAUUGGGUCAGUAGGAGGCAGAAAAGGAAGAUUGUCGAUGCAAGUGACUAUGGGGAUGCAUUGCCAAGGGGGUGGAAGCUUAUGCUUUGUAUCAAGAAGAAAGUGGGGCAUGUGUGGUUAGCUUGCCGACGAUAUAUAAGCCCUAAUGGGCAGCAGUUUGCAUCUUGCAAGGAAGUUUCUUCAUAUUUGCUCUCCUUUUUUGGACUGAAAGAUGCAAGUCAGUCAAAUGCUGGUCAUACUGGUGAUGGUGUCCAGUUGGACGACAAACUGACUUCUGGAAAUGCUGCAGUUUGUAUGCACAAGGAUGACAAGAAUGGAGCUGACCUUGUGUUGUGUUCGCCGCAUCCCUGUACUCCUCAAUCUACUGAGUAUGAGAAACAAGCCACCUUACUGGAGACAAAGAGUCCUGGGGAAGUCAGAAGACAGGAAACACUAAAAUGCCAUAAAUGCUCCAUGGUUUUUCAUGAGCAGGAUGAUUUAUUGCACCACCUGUUAUCUUCUCACCAGAUGACGACGAAGAGGUCUAGAUGUAGUACAUCAAUAAGUGAGGGGGUAAUCAUUAAAGAUGGAAAAUAUGAAUGCCAGCUAUGCCACAAAGCAUUUGAAGAAAGACAUAGUUACAAUGGCCAUCUCGGGGGCCACAUGAAAAACUAUGUGAAGCGACUUGGUGGAGUAUUAAUGACACAGAAAAAUAACGAACCUGUAGCUGUUGGAGUUUCUUCUGAAUUCUUGGAGAGACAAGAAACAGUUGGAGCUGACUGGGGUUCUUUUGCUGAAAAAUCUUCCAAGUGCAGAGGCAACAAUGAAACAAGUUCUGCUUUACCUCAUAGUAAACCAAAAGCUGAUGGUACCCUUGAACCUCAUUCUGACAGAUACGUUCAUAAUGAUCAGUUCAUGAUAUCCAACAGAAAUGUUCAAACUUUAAUUGAGAAAAAUUGCAAUAAACAGCAAACAGCUUUUGGCUUAACUAAUGAUAAAAUGGAUAAGGUGAAAGUAGCUACUGAUAUGAGGGCUGCUAAACCUGAUGUUUGUUUGGGUGCUGGUACAGACUUGUCUACUGAUCAUAGAAAAAAAUCAUGUGUAUUUCCUGGUGAAAGGGAUGUUCCCAAGAGCAACAUUGGUAGUAUUAAUCAUUAUGGUUGGCAGGGUCGAAGUCCUCAGAAUUGGUCCCUUGCUCUUGCUGGAAGUAACCAACCACAUUUUGUUGACUACAGUGCUAAAGAUGUUCCCAUCAACUUGAUGGAGGAGCAGAGAAAAGAGGUAGGUUCUGAAAGUAGUUUUUUGCCUUUGAAUGUUAAGGAUAAAAUAGGUAGUUGUGAAAAUCUUGAGGAAAGGCAUUUUACUAUCACCAUGGAAGGUGGGCAAAUGUAUAGGAAUAAACAUGCAAGAAAUGAAGCAAUAUCUAGAUCCAAUUAUCAGGGCAUUGGGUUGGAGAAUGCUGUGACUAAUGUCAAAGAGCAAGGAAGUUUUAAAGACCGUUCACCUGUUCCCAUGGAGCAAAGAUGUGGUUCUCAAAGUAAUAUGAAUGGUGUUUCUACAUCCAUGUUAACAGAAGCCCAGCAGGAAAGAGGUCCUGCAAGUGGUUUACCCACUGCUGCUUCAGGAAACAAGCCUACAUAUGUUGUCAACAAUUAUUUGAAUAGUGUUUCGACUACCAUGUUAAAUCAGCCCAAAUUUGAUGAUGUCAGUAGAUCUGAGAAUUUUGGACUAUCGUUUGGGUUUGGCAACAAACACACUAUUAGUAAACCCCGGCAGGAAGAGGAUUCUGAAGUUGGUUUGCUUAAUUUAUUUGGAAGUGGAAAAUUCUUUGGGUUUGAUAACAGUUUGACUAAGGCUUCUGCCGGGACAACGGAGUUCCCCAAACUUGACGAAGUCAGGAACACCAAUGAACAAGUACAUGGUGUUGAAAAUAAUUAUAGGGUUUAUACAGACACUGUUCAGCAGGAUUCGAGGUUAGAGAAUUCAGAAAAUGCUAGAAACAAUGAAUUCAUGCCUGCUUUUAGUAAUCAUGCUCGAUCUGGUGUGGAUGCCAUGGCGGAGUUUUUGUGGAGAACUGAUGAAGAAAACAUCCUGCUGAGUGGGUUGGGGGAUACAUCAUCUCGAUUGUUGCAAUCAUCAAGCUGUUUUCCUGCAUUUGGUACAAUGUCAGAUAAGGGUGAAACUGAACUCUUCAGCAUUGGUGAGAAGUAUGACAGUAUAUCAGGAUUUGAAGGGCUGAGAUCAGGUAGUAUGGAACAUAUGGAAUAUGAUUUUCUGACUACUCAAACAAGCUCUCAGCCGCAGGUCCCAAAGGUUUUGUCAUAUGAUGCAGAGAUUUCCCGAGGGUUUGAUUCCUCUGUUUGGCUUGAGAAGGAAGCAUUGCCUUUGUUGCCUAAGAUAGGUAGCAGGUAUCAGGUUGCUACUGUUUGUGCAUGGUGCAGAAAUGAGUUUCAUCAUGAGCCUGUUGAGACAGGAGCAGAAACAGGAGCAGUGGGUUUCAUGUGUCCAACCUGCAAGGCCAAAUUCUCUGUUGGGAUUGUGUUUUUGCUUUUUCAACACUGCUUUAUUUAUUCAAUGUUGAGUGGAGGUUGCAACGUAAAAUACUUAACUUUAUGGAUAUUUUCUAUUGUCAUAUUAUCAGUUGUGUGGUUCUUACUCACUCUCUUCUCUCAUUUGUUACCAUCCAGCCCUAAUGGGCAGCAGUUUGCAUCUUGCAAGGAAGUUUCUUCAUAUUUGCUCUCCUUUUUUGGACUGAAAGAUGCAAGUCAGUCAAAUGCUGGUCAUACUGGUGAUGGUGUCCAGUUGGACGACAAACUGACUUCUGGAAAUGCUGCAGUUUGUAUGCACAAGGAUGACAAGAAUGGAGCUGACCUUGUGUUGUGUUCGCCGCAUCCCUGUACUCCUCAAUCUACUGAGUAUGAGAAACAAGCCACCUUACUGGAGACAAAGAGUCCUGGGGAAGUCAGAAGACAGGAAACACUAAAAUGCCAUAAAUGCUCCAUGGUUUUUCAUGAGCAGGAUGAUUUAUUGCACCACCUGUUAUCUUCUCACCAGAUGACGACGAAGAGGUCUAGAUGUAGUACAUCAAUAAGUGAGGGGGUAAUCAUUAAAGAUGGAAAAUAUGAAUGCCAGCUAUGCCACAAAGCAUUUGAAGAAAGACAUAGUUACAAUGGCCAUCUCGGGGGCCACAUGAAAAACUAUGUGAAGCGACUUGGUGGAGUAUUAAUGACACAGAAAAAUAACGAACCUGUAGCUGUUGGAGUUUCUUCUGAAUUCUUGGAGAGACAAGAAACAGUUGGAGCUGACUGGGGUUCUUUUGCUGAAAAAUCUUCCAAGUGCAGAGGCAACAAUGAAACAAGUUCUGCUUUACCUCAUAGUAAACCAAAAGCUGAUGGUACCCUUGAACCUCAUUCUGACAGAUACGUUCAUAAUGAUCAGUUCAUGAUAUCCAACAGAAAUGUUCAAACUUUAAUUGAGAAAAAUUGCAAUAAACAGGAAACAGCUUUUGGCUUAACUGAUGAUAAAAUGGAUAAGGUGAAAGUAGCUACUGAUAUGAGGGCUGCUAAACCUGAUGUUUGUUUGGGUGCUGGUACUGAUUUGUCUACUGAUCAUAGAAAUAAAUCAUGUGUAUUUUCUGGUGAAAGGGAUGUUCCCAAGAGCAACAUUGGUGGUAUUAAUAAUUAUGGUUGGCAGGGUCGAAGUCCUCAGAAUUGGUCCCUUGCUCUUGCUGGAAGUAACCAACCACAUUUUGUUGACUACAGUGCGAAAGAUGUUCCCAUCAACUUGAUGGAGGAGCAGAGAAAAGAGGUAGGUUCUGAAAGUAGUUUUUUGCCUUUGAAUGUUAAGGAUAAAAUAGGUAGUUGUGAAAAUCUUGAGGAAAGGCAUUUUACUAUCACCAUGGAAGGUGGGCAAAUGUAUAGGAAUAAACAUGCAAGAAAUGAAGCAAUAUCUAGAUCCAAUUAUCAGGGCAUUGGGUUGGAGAAUGCUGUGACUAAUGUCAAAGAGCAAGGAAGUUUUAAAGACCGUUCACCUGUUCCCAUGGAGCAAAGAUGUGGUUCUCAAAGUAAUAUGAAUGGGGUUUCUACAUCCAUGUUAACAGAAGCCCAGCAGGAAAGAGGUCCUGCAAGUGGUUUACCCACUGCUGCUUCAGGAAACAAGCCUACAUAUGUUGUCAACAAUUAUUUGAAUAGUGUUUCGACUACCAUGUUAAAUCAGCCCAAAUUUGAUGAUGUCAGUAGAUCUGAGAAUUUUGGACUAUCGUUUGGGUUUGGCAACAAACACACUAUUAGUAAACCCCGGCAGGAAGAGGAUUCUGAAGUUGGUUUGCUUAAUUUAUUUGGAAGUGGAAAAUUCUUUGGGUUUGAUAACAGUUUGACUAAGGCUUCUGCCGGGACAACGGAGUUCCCCAAACUUGACGAAGUCAGGAACACCAAUGAACAAGUACAUGGUGUUGAAAAUAAUUAUAGGGUUUAUACAGACACUGUUCAGCAGGAUUCGAGGUUAGAGAAUUCAGAAAAUGCUAGAAACAAUGAAUUCAUGCCUGCUUUUAGUAAUCAUGCUCGAUCUGGUGUGGAUGCCAUGGCGGAGUUUUUGUGGAGAACUGAUGAAGAAAACAUCCUGCUGAGUGGGUUGGGGGAUACAUCAUCUCGAUUGUUGCAAUCAUCAAGCUGUUUUCCUGCAUUUGGUACAAUGUCAGAUAAGGGUGAAACUGAACUCUUCAGCAUUGGUGAGAAGUAUGACAGUAUAUCAGGAUUUGAAGGGCUGAGAUCAGGGAGUAUGGAACAUAUGGAAUAUGAUUUUCUGACUACUCAAACAAGCUCUCAGUCGCAGGUCCCAAAGGUUUUGUCAUAUGAUGCAGAGAUUUCCCCAGGGUUUGAUUCAUCUGUUUGGCUUGAGAAGGAAGCAUUGCCUUUGUUGCCUAAGAUAGGUAGCAGGUAUCAGGUUGCUACUGUUUGUGCAUGGUGCAGAAAUGAGUUUCAUCAUGAGCCUGUUGAGACAGGAGCAGAAACAGGAGCAGUGGGUUUCAUGUGUCCAACCUGCAAGGCCAAAUUCUCUGGUUACCAUAAUUCACUGUAGAAUGGUUUAUCUACAAUAACUCAGGAUCUAGUGAUGGAUUGCUUCAUAUUUACUCGGUUUCUAAUCAUUGAUUAUCUCAGAUAUGAGGUAGAUUUGCUAUUAUGAACAAAGACCAUUUUGGCUAGAAAGCAGUCAAGUUUCUCAGACUGGCAUAAACAUUAUGUUCCAAAUGACAGCUGGGAUCCUAUAGCAUUUCGUAUUUUUCAGAUGAGAUUGCUCUCUCUGCUAAUUGUUUUAACGUGGCCAGAUUAAUGGAAAUGCCUCCCAUCAUAGUAUGAGACAAAAUAACUAAUGUUUAACUACAAAUGAAGUUCUUUGAUUUUGAUUUC